CCUUGCACCGGCCCUGAAACCAGGCAACAGAGUUUAACACAGCGACUGGAUCCGGCAAAGAAAGUUUUCCCGGUGUCGAUUAGGCGCACCUUAUCGUUGUCAGCCAACAGCCUGAGCGAUGGCCCAUUGCAAGCGACUACAGUUGUUAGAGGUGUCCGGUAUGCGGGAGCUGGGCACGUUGAAGUCUUCCCUCUCCUCACUGAAACCACGAGGUACUGGUUUCUUCUGCUGGGAUACGUAUUGCGGUUGGAGAUUGAAACAUAUCAUUUCUUAGACAGUUUGUUUAAUCAAUCCUGUCGUUCAGUGGGUCAUCGCAGGGGAAUUGAAUCUAUUUUUGUUCUACGGGUUUACUUUGAUGUCAAAAACACAACAGUGGGUCUAUAACCUGCGUAUUUGUUUAAAAUUUGAUUUAUUAUUUCAGACGUACGCCACUGCUAGUUUCCACUGAAUGUCGCAGAGAAAACCUGCAUAACGGACAAAGAAAGAUGAAUACAUAAAAACACACUAGAAACAAGCCAAAAUCAACCGAUGUCAAAUGUUAAAUGUAUGUACGGCAUCAAACAUAACAAUAUAACAACACAGCCGAAUACAGUGAGCUAAAACAACGAGACAGUUGCAACAAAAACAGUCAAUACAGACAUACAACAACCUUGGACAACACACGUCAGAGAGAGGAACCCAACGAUGAUACUAAAACAGAUAAUCUGACCCACUAAAACGACAAUAGAGUGACGCUCAUGCGUCAAAGAACAUGCGUAUUUGUUUAGUGACUUGCGAACGUAUUAAAUGUUCCAACACGCAGCCAUAGACGUGCAAGUCUAUGGAAAGUGUUCUUUGGGCGGUGCCCAUUUCACUUUCUCUUCUGGUCGCAUUUGAUUAGGUGUUUUUCGUUGACUUAUUUUAUUUCAUGGCGUGUCAAACAACAUGUGCUCUAAUGAUAAGGGCUACUCAAUGCACAUACAUUUGCAAUCUAGACUGUCACCAAAGAUUAAGGUGAGUUUUGUAGGUCUCUCUUCAUUGCUUUAUUUGUUUUACCGUUCCUGUUAAAUUUGUGGACAUUUCAAGCAAUGUAAUUUUCGCAAACAAAAUUAUUUUGUAUGUUUUAUAGUUUAGGCAAAGUGAGCAAUGAAUUCGCAAUAUUCUGGUUAUUGUUUUCGUAUCAAGAAUCCAAAGCAAUUGAUACAAGGAGCCAAAAAUUACUCGUGGUUAUCACUGUGUCCCGCGAUAAAUUUAAAGAUAACAUUGGCUCGCAUAAGUUGAUAAAUAUAAAAUCAACAUAAAGAUUUCAAAUAUGUCCUAUUUACCAUUGUUUCCCGUCGUAUGGAACGUUAAUGAUUUCUCCCAGAGAAAAAAUUAUAUCCAGUAAUAAUUAUAAUGCUGUUGUUUGGUUAGUCAGUAGAAAAAAUUGUUUCUGUUAACACUACAACAAAAUAAUCUGAAUCUAACAGCUAACUAUACAUAAAAUAUGCUCUUAUCUUGGGAAAUAAUGUGUAUUAACACAUUUUACAGCUUAUAAUUAAAACGAUCAUUCCGUGUAAUUUCUUCGCGCCAGGCUAAACUCCAAUGUCCUAUACACAAUCUCAAGCGUAUUCAUCCUUUGCACUGGGCUGCGCGUAGUUUAUUUCUAGGAUUGCCGAGGACGUACUAACAGAACUUCGGCCGAUCAUAACAGUAGACCAUGUAUUAUUCUUUUAGUUGUUUUUUUUUUUUUUAGUUUGAUAGGGUUUCGUGUCACACGGUCAUGCACAGAGUCUAAUGACGAUGAGACCACGAAGAUUAGAUUAGGCUGGGAACCACCAGGGGACCAAUAAAGCGCUCAAUAAAUAAAGCGCAUUAAUGCAAGGAGGAACAAAAAAAAAACACGUUUCUCGUUCCACAGCCAUUUUUAUGAAUCUUCGCGAAUAAGAUCUACUAUUGCCUCACCACCGCAUUUUUUUGCCGUCAUUAUUUUCCAUCUCGAUUUCUUUUAAAAGUAAUUGAAUAUUGUUAACGAUUCUAAGCUAUGAACACGAAAUGGAGAAAUGGCAGACGGCGGGGAAGAUGGUGAUGCCGGGGCGGGACUGUGCUCGUCUGCGCGGCUGCGCCGAGCCAGGGGGAAGCGGCGGCCUUGGAGCGCAGACACGCGGCGGGCCUCGAGCCGGGGCCCUGGCCUCGCGCCGCGCGGGGAAGGGCGGGGUUCGACCCGCUCGCUCGGUAUGGAUUUUCCCCGCCUGGCGGGCCGGCGGGUUGGAGGGUCGGGCGGUGUGUGUCUGAGCUGUAGUUGCCGCGUCUGCCGCGGCGCGGCGCUGCGCGCGCCCCCCGGCACGCCAGGCGGGAGUGGAAUGCCCUCGCCGUCCUCAACCUCAACAGUUCACUGCUUGGCGCUGCCGGUUGCACUGGCCGCUCGCCCCGCGCGCAGACGGCCGGAGGAUGUCAACUGUUCAGCUGUCCCCUCCGGGCUCAGGCCGCGCUCGCGCUUAGCUCGCGUCCGCGCUGCAUGAAGCCUCGUGCUCGGUGCGGGCGGUCAGCGCCGUUGGGCGCGUGCACUCUGGCGCGCCUCGAGACCACGUGGGACGGGUCACGUGACGAGCAUCACCAAGCAUGUGGCACGGAUGAACCAGACUACCUUUGAAGGUUUAGCGGUGAAAAUUGGACUAUAAAUCUGCAAGAAGGAAACACACAAGAACCGAUCACUUUCCAAGAUCAGUGUUCACUUGCGUCAGGAGCGGAAAACGUGAUUACAGCACGUACUGGAUAUUUAUUUCAUCAAUGAAGCGUCGCUGUAGUCCAAACAAACAGCGUCUGGCUUGUCAGCAAUAAUCAGAUUGUACGCAAAUCUAUAGUUACAAUCUAGUGCUAACAGUAUCACGUUGUUAAUAAUUAAGAAUUUAUUUUUACUGUUAAGAUUUUAUUUGAAUAAAACAAAUUUUAAGGGAAGAAUUUCAAACUAAUAUUUUGAAUAUUUUUUGUAUAUAAUGUGUAUGUAAAUAAUUUAGUCAGCAUAAAAAACCUACUAAAUUUAAAAUAUUUUUUUUUAUUAUCUUGAGACACUUUUGCCCAUCCAAUUUGGCAGCAAGGAUGUGUAAACGUUUAAGUGGUACUCUACACAGCACAAAAUUUAGAAAUAAUUUUCUCUAAUGCUGCAGCAACGUUACAUUAUGUUAGUAAGUUAACGUUACACAUUGUUUAUUGUAAAUGAUGUCGUGAUAGAACGAACAAGAGCCCAAACAUGAUAUUAAUCACAUUGGUAAACGAAGCAUGGAGCAACAGGCAACAAUAUAAGUGCAAGUAUGUGAGGUAAAUAUUAAUACAAUUCUUUACUUGCAAAUCUCUGCAUCUGAAUGGUUACGGAAAUAUCUUAACCAACACGAAAAUAAUUUAAAUUAU